AUGAAGACCGAUGUCGAAAAAGCCCAUAGCUCGCCUACUAUUGAGAGUUUGAGUUUCAACCUCGACAAAAGCGCUUCUAAUAGCUCUUCCAAUGAUACAGACCUCAAGCCUGAGCCCGUGCAAACAAGAUGGCAACGAUGGAUUGCAAGCAUGAAGAACGUGGAGAGUCGGGGGAUCGAGCCUAUUCCUAUCGAAAAUCGAGAACAAAUUACACCUUCGACCAUACUUCAUAUGCUGCUAAUGUGGUUUAGCAUGACAUUGGCGACAAAUAACAUCGUUGUUGGAUCAAUGGGUACACUUGUGUUAGGGCUCAGCUUUAGGGAUGCGGCGCUCUGUGCUGUGUUUGGAUGUUUAGCUGGCAAUUGCACGGUUGGGUUUAUAAGUAUAUGGGGACCGAGAAGUGGGAAUCGAACUUUGAUCGUGGCCCGAUAUUUCAUGGGCUAUUAUCCCAGCAAAGCUUGCAUUAUCCUGAACCUCUUCACCAAUAUCGGGUAUAGCAUGGUCAACAGUGUCGUCGGUGGCCAGAUUCUGUCUGUGGUCUCUGGUGGCCAUCUUUCCGUGAUAGUGGGUAUUAUCAUUGUCGCCGUUUCCAGCUGGGCUAUGGCCAUCUUUGGCAUGAAAAUCUUCCAAUUAUACGAGCGAGUCGCCUGGUUACCACAGCUGCUGGUGAUAUGCGUGAUGAUCGGUUCCGCAGGACCUCAUUUCGACUUCAACAUCCAAACCCCAAUGUCGACAGAGAACCUAACUGCCAAAAGACUCACCUUUUUCUCUCUGGCAUUAUCCAUUGCCCUCGCUUGGGCCCCGCUCGCCGCAGAUUACUAUGUCUAUCUCCCGCCGCAGAUGAAGAGUUCUCGGACAUUCCUAGCCACAGUCUUCGCCGCCACAAGCGGCAUGUCGGUUGUUCUCCUUAUGGGCAUUGGUCUUGGAACCGUCAUCGCUAGCUCGGUUCAUUCUGCGACCAAGCACGCCGCCACUCCUGGAGGAGUUCUGAUGGUAGCGUAUGACGGUCUUGGGGGAUUCGGGAAAUUUUGUGCUGUUAUCAAUGUCCUCGCCUUGGUUGCUAACAAUACUCCCGGGGCGUACUCCAUGGGAAUGAACCUCCAGAUGAUUGGGGGGAUGUUUGGAAAAGUUCCCCGGCCGGUGUUCACGACUCUUGCUACGGUUAUUUAUGCCGCAUGUGCGAUGGGAGGCCGGGACCGGCUGUACGAAGUGUUCAAGUCUUUCCUGCCUCUGAUCGGAUAUUGGGUUAUGAUGUUUGUUGUUAUUGUCUUUGAAGAACAUACGAUCUUUCGCCGGAAUAGAGGGUAUAACUGGUCUGAGUGGAAUUGUCGUGAUAAACUACCUUUGGGGAUUGCAGCGGCAGUUGCUUUCCUUAUUGGGUGGGCUGGUGCUAUCGUUGGCAUGUCUCAGGGGUAUUAUAUCGGCCCCAUUGCGCGGAUGGCUGGCGGAGCUGAGCUUGGUCUCUGGUUGGGUGCGGGUUUUACUGCGAUCUUUUUCCCACCAUUACGGGUAUUGGAGCUCAAAUUUGUUGGUCGUUAG